CUGGGUGCACUACUGGCAGCAGGUGGAGGAGGAGGUGCCGACCGACCAACAACUUGUGGCAGACCGAGGAGCCCGUGUGACGGUCACGAAGGAGGAGUUGACGCAGGCAAGAGAGAGGAUGCGCGUCGUGUCCCGCAUGGGAGCCACUCGUCGCUUGCGGRAGUCUGACAGGAGGAGGUGUCGUGGCGGCGGUCGCGGAGGUGGUCGUCGGGGCGGUCGCUGGCGAGGCGGGCGUGGAGGUCCUGGCGGGAGGCGUAGUGUCGCGAGUCGUGGAAGGGCGGUGGACGAGCUAGUACGCAAGCCUCGACAGCGAUGGGAUGAGGGAGACUUUUUGUACGAGAGCUCGUCCAGUGAUGACGAGGAUUUCUUCGGGACUGGCAGGCCUGCACAGGAUGGCGACAGCGAUUUCGACGACCGUCACCCGAACGUGGGCGACGACGAUGGCGCCAGUGGCGAUGAUCACGGUGACGGAGGAGAUAGGCCACGACCUGCACAUGGUGACACGAUGCGCGCCGACGGGGCAGGGGGCGAGCACCGCACAGCAGUAGAUGACGCUCGAGAUGGAGUGCAUGAUGAUGGUCCACGACCUAUUCCAGUUUCUGAGGACUCUUUCAGCGAUCACGGCGGCGAGGAGCGGAUCGAGCUGCAUGGCGGGAGCGGUCAUCCACGAGGUGACACUUCGAGUAUGCACGCGACAACUCCGAUGGGGCCUUCCGCAGCAGUCCCAGAAUCGCAACAGGGUCCAGCACCGUUGAUGCGUCAUCCCGAGGUUCAGGGAGAGAUCAGUCCUCUCCCGGCAGUGCGGGACGAGGGUUCUGUCCGUGCACUGCAUCCACUCACGUCUGCCGGAGCGGCAGUCUCAGUUGCAGCGACCUCGGAUGUGGGACAACCACUGGCAGCGGCGGAGCAAGAAAGUAUGCUCCCACCUCGCAGUGUUCAACCGCGGCCACCGCCUGCAUUGAUGGAGGGGAGUCAGGGGACCGUUGUUAAGUGUCAAGGCGACGAUCUCCCGGAACGUGAUAUCUCACACACUCCUGCAGCCGAACAGAGCGCCGCAGACCAUGUCGGCCUCGCAUGCCCCACCGGCAGUCUUCCGGGUACCGGCGAGUUACUGACCAUGGACUCUGCGCUCGUUUCUCUACCGGACUUGUCGACGUUGAUAUCCCCAAGUCUACCCCAUGUGUCACCGCCCAAGCCACAACAGCCUGUUGUCAUGGAGCGUGGAUCGGACGGGUUUGACGUGGCAGGAGGCGAUAUCGCCGAUAUGAUGACGAACCCAAUGGUGUCUGCCACGCCCACAAUUUUUCGUGUUGGCAAACUACGCGAGGUGGCCCUUGGUUUGGCGGAGACGGCGACGCGACACCGCCGCGACGGUCAGCGCAGCAUCGCACAACGCAGUCUUUCUCAUUCGUUUGACGGCGCAGAGGAAGGGUCUCCUGGUGGGCCAGUUGACACACUCGAAAGAGAAGCAAGACCCCCAAGUCCGCCGUCAAACUUAGAGCAUUAUCCGAUUGCCGCGGCUGUCGGGGCAGAUGCGGGCGUCCCCGUCAGAAACAGUGUCGCGGACGCGACAAAACAGCUUGUGGUUGGGUCAUCGGCGACAGCACGGCACGACAGAGCCACUGUUUUGCCGACAGUGGCAUUUUAUGCCAGCGGGAAGAGUACUGGGGGGAUGGAUGAGCAGGGAGUCCGGAAUGUUGGCAGGCCAUCUGCACCGUUUAUGGGGAAACGAUCCAUUGGGAGUGUGGAUGGUGCUCGGCACACCGCCAUGGCAGAGUUUGAGGACCKACACGGGAGUGCUUUGCCGACGAAGACGUCUGAUGUCCAUGCUACGAGAGCCGCAAAGGCGAUUAUCGGUCCCCCAAGAGGGGAAGGUCCGGUCCCAUACCUCGGAGAUGGUUAUAGUCAUUUGGUCGGGACGGACUUUGCCAUGCAGGCUUAUCGAAAGCCUCUUUACGGAGAUCGCUUUCUCGAGAUUUCCUACAUCUACUCUGGCGGAAGAGGACUUAUAGAGAUAUUGAUUGGAGCUUCAGGCGACAUCAUUCUUGCGGAGGAGCUUUACCUCAGGAGCGUCGCAGACGAGGAGAGGGCGAGAUGCAUGGCCUAUAUUUGCAAGAUUGAUCCAGCACCACCUCUCGAGAUCAGCUAUGUGGUUCCAAAGUCUAUAGCCACACGAGUUCUCAGUGACGAGGAGUCCCAGACGACAACAUUCACUCACGAGGGGGUACCGCUUAUUAUCAUUGAUUGAGAGUCUGGUUUCUGGUCUUCUCAUGUUGUCAGUGUCAAGUGYUYUMUGAUGUAUGAUGCAUGUUUGUUAUUUUCCUCCUUAUUUUAAAACAGGUUACACUCAAGGCAGCUCGAAGGACUCCUGAAUGAUAGGGACUCCAGUGACCUUGGGUCUAUCCUUUAUACGGGGUCAGGUGCAGGCGAUAAACCCGAACGCCUCAC